AAGAACAGGAAUUAAUGUUAGAACAGACCAAACUCUUCAUGGGAAACAUAACCUCUGAAAAUUGCAUGCUAAAAAAUGAAGUGACUUCCUUAAAUAAGCUGCUGCUUGAGACAGGUGCAGGUGAUAUCAAAAAGCAGAUCGACACAAAUAAGGAAGAAAUCGCACAGUUCCAAGAGGAAAUUCAAAAAUUACAGAAAGAAAAACGACUUCUUGCUGUCGAAUUUGAGGGCAUACAGAGCGAAAAUGCGGUAUUACUACAGAACCAGGAAAUAGCUUACAAGAACUUACAACGACAAAUAAAGGAAUUGGAAAAAGUCAAUCACCAGAAUAAACAUUUGAAAGAAAAAUACGAAACAGAACAUCACACACUUCAAACUCUGCAAAAUGAGAGAAUGAAAUAUCUAGAAGAAAAGAGCUUGUUGAAAUCGAUUAUACAACAGUUGAAAGGGGAAAUUGCAAAAGUUCCGCUAUUAGAAGAUGAUCUAACUAAUGUGUCAAGGAAGGCUAGCAAAUUAGGAUUAAUAGCCGAAUACAAUAAGCAACAAGGAGAAAAAUUGAAAGAAGAAAUAAUCGAAAGGGACAAAGUAAUCACUCAGUUGAAAGACAACGUGCAAAAAUUGAACGAACUACAGAUUGAAAAUGCGAAAGAAAAACUAUCGUUGUGCUACGAACUAAAUGAAGUUUGUCAGUUAAAGGAAAAACUCAGCGAAGUCCUGAACACGGAAGUAAGAAAGAAUGCCGAAUUGGGCCAAUCUAAAGAAGCCAUAGCUAAAUCGGUACAAAAAAUCGAGGAAAAACAGAAAAACGAAAGGUCAGCUAUACGAGCUCUUCUAAAAGAUAUCAAAACCCUUACAGAGGAAAAGCAAGAAUUAGUUAAAGAAAAUAAAAGCCUAGAAAGUCAAAUAAACAGCCUGUCUAUUAAAGUGGCAGAGAAAGAAAAUAAAAUUAAUGAGAUGAACAGAGAAAGCGACAGAAAGGACCAAGAAAUAGCGGAUUUACGAAAAGAUACCCAACGACUGGAAAAAUGCAAAAAUGAAAUUACAGAAAAAGUGAACAUAGAAACUACCAAAUACGAUAUGAACAUUCGGCAAUUAAAAGUGCUCAUAGAUAAGUUAAGACAAGAGAAUACGGAAUAUGACAGUACGAUAAAAUAUCUUAAAAACAAUACUGAAAAAUUACAGAAAGAUCUAGAUGCAUCACGUCAAAAAGAAAUGAAAGCCAAAGAUAUGGUAAAUCAAUUGACAAUUCGUCAGAAAACGGAUGAGAAAUUGAUUGCAGAUAAACUGGGAAUCAUAAAUGUGAUAAAUAUGGAAAAAGAACACCUACUAGAACUAAACAUGAAAAUAACAAGCGAGAAUGAAAAGUUAUCAAAAGAUAUCGCGCACUUAAACUCAUUAUUAGAUAAAAUAGUUAAUGAUUUUCAAAAUAGCAUCAAAGCAUCUGAACAAAAGGAACAUAUGUUUAAGAGCGAACAAACUGAAUCAAGAAACUUGAUACAACAAUAUAUAAGAGAAACAGAAGAACUUAAAAAUAUGAUAGAAAAGAGGGAUAAAGAAAUUUUCGAACUAAAUAAGUGCACAGAAAACGAAAUAAGUUUUGAGAAAAAGUAUUCAAAACUGAAGCAAGAGAUGGAAAGUAAACUCUCGAGCGUAGAAGACCAUAACAAAUCAUUACAAUUUGAACUGCACGAAUUACAAGACGAAUAUGACGUUAAAAAUGGUUUCUGCAAAAGGUUACAGAACGAAAUAGAGAUUUUAAAAACUCAAUUGGAAAUUAUCAUGAAUCAAAAGGAUGAAGAGUACGAGUUUUAUAAAAAACGCCUUGCUGAAAAUGCCAGAACACAGGAGGAAUCUGAAAGUAAAGGCAAAAAAGAAAUACAGAAACUGGAACAACAAUUAAGAGAAUUAACUCAAAAAAUGGAUAACGAAAAAUCGGCCUACGAGACGUUAGCACAAAUCCACAAAGAUAUUUCUGGAAAAUUUAUGAAGAGUAUCAAAGAACUCGUCGAUAUAAAAAAUUCGAAACAAGAACUGGCGGACGAGCUGAAAAACAUGUAUAAUUCUGUUAAACAGCUGGAACAAGAAAAGGCCGAAUUAAAUAAACAAGUAUUCAAUUUGUCUGGUGAAAUAGAAAGCUUGAACAGUACAGUAGUGGAGCUAAGAGAAAAGAAUAAUUGUUUACAGGAUUCCUACUCUAGUGCAGUAGAUAAAUGCGAAACAUUAGUAAAAAAAUCUAAUAUGCCAGAAUACUACAAUUUUGAAUCUAACGACCAAAUUCGCGACAAGAUAUAUUCAUUAGAGCGAGAAGUUACAGAGUUACGCAAAGAAAUUGAAGAAAACCGAUUGUCUGAGCAUGAAAUGAAAAAGGAAAUUUGCCAAUUUCAACAAGAAAUAACUCUUCUCGAAAUUCAAAGAAACGAUGUUACACUACAACUUCACGAAAUAGAGAAAAAAUUUCACACCGAAAAAAGCAUUUCCGAACAAUUGAGCAACACGCACAAACUUUUGCUGGGCGCCGUAAUUCAAAUGAGAGAUGCCGGUAAAGUAGAUUCCUCCGAUUGCCUUCAUUUGUUGCAUAUGAUGAGCAAUUCAAAUUCUUUGUCCGAAGAAAACCGAAAUUCUUUAAAUUAAUUGAUUCAAGUAGCAAAAGUGUCUUGAAGAAAUUGUACUCUGGUUUUAUUUCUUAUUGUUAAAACAAUGGAAAUAUUAACAGCUGCUCAGCUUUUAAAGUAUGAAAAUAUUAUUAAGGAAAUUCAACGUGAACAUCAGAAUACAAAGAGUCUUCAGCAGGAAAUCCAGUCGGAGGAAAACAGAAUCAUUUUUUCAAAAUUGUCCAAAGUUGUGUCUAAUCUGUCUCAAAAGAUAACUCAUUUAAGUGUUAAAAUCUUUAAUGAUAUUGUACAAUUAUUUCAUCUUUAUAGUGAUGAAAUAAACGCCGAUUGUCCAGA